AUGGUCCGCCGCAAGCGGGGCCUCCUGGUCAACCUCAGCUCCAUUGCCGCCUACCAGCCGUUGCCGCUGAUGGGCCUGUACUCGGCGAGCAAGGUCUUCGUCGAGUGGUUCUCCGAGACGCUGGAGAUGGAGUACCGGCAGGCGGGCAUUGACGUGCAGACGCUGGUGCCCAACUACAUCGCCACGAAGAUGACCGGCUUCAGUGAGAUGCUGCAGCGGCCCUCCCUUCAGUUCCCCGACGCGGCCACCUUCACCGCGAACGCCCUCGCCACGGCUGGCCGCUCGACGCACACCUGCGGCUACUGGUUCCACGACCUGCAGCAGUACUUCACCGGCCUCUUUGUGCCCAACUGGGCCUACCGCUCCAUCAGCUGGUACUUCCUCCGCCACAUUGACAGCACCGGCGGAACGGGUAAAACGAGCGGCGGAAGUGGAAGCAAG